AUGAGUUCCGAGGCUUCGCGGCCAUUAAUUCUACCUCAAAAUCGGAAACUACGGCACUUGCAAGGCAUAUACGUCCGAAAUCUGACUCUUUCUCGUCCGCGGGGGAAAACAAUCGACGAUGCAGGUCUAAAUAAAUCACCACAGAAGCUCGAGGCUUUGCGCCGCGAGUCGCAAUUGCAUCAUGCGCAGUCAUCGGGGGAUUUGCGACCUUCUGCGAGAACCAGGAGAUCGAGUUCCAAUUGGGUAGGGGCAAGUCCGUCUAUAAGACAGAAGAAAUUGGAGGAUGUAAGGGAUAGUCGAAUGGCAGAUAGCUUCUUCACACUGCAUUGCGAGGGACAGGAUGAUCCGAUAUAUAUCAGCGAGGUUGUAGAGAAGGCAAUGAAUCCUACAUUUCGAUCUUUCGAUUUAUCUUCAUUCGGUCCUGCGACGACGCGUCUCGAUACUGUUAUUGUAGAGAUAUGGGUUAAACGACAGGAUUUCGUUCCACUGAUUGAAGAGGAAGUCAAUCUUCAGUCGUUGCAAUUCUUAGGACGGCUGGAGAAUCACCCUUUUCCACCCAAUUCUAUUAUUUUCCAGCUCGUAGAUGGCAUAUAUACCAUUGAUCUUACUUCCAAGCCACCUCGACCAAGGCCUAGCAUUGCGCUUCCUACAUCCUCCUAUAAUGCAUUGAUGCGCCUCUCAAAUCUCGAUGAAUCCAUUCAAGAUGCUUUAGCUACCCGCGAACAACUGACUUCUCAAAUAAACAACAUACUCACUAACAACACUUCUCCGUCAACAUAUAUACCCGUUGCCAAAGAGUCUCUCGCCCUCGCAAAACGCUAUGUUACCACAUCCCGCAAACUCCUCCACCAAUCCCAAACUCGUCAGCACGAUCUAAAAACAUCUAUAUCCUCACGGCGCGCCGCCAUUUCCUCCGGCUAUGCCGUCCAAUCUGCCGCCGAGACCGACGUUCAAAAUGCCCAGGAACAUCUCAACAACUCCCGUACUCUCCUCACAAGCACCAAGUCGCUUAUUCGCGACCAUCGCCGUCGCCUCUGUGAAGAACUCAUCGAAAUUUACCCCAUCGAACCCACCUCUCACCCUCUUCUUUUCACGAUCUGCGGUCUCCCUCUCCCAAACACCACUGAUGACGACAAUAUCUCUUCUGCCGACGAGGAUGUCGUAGCCGCCGCUCUAGGCUAUGUCGCGCAAUUGGUCAAUCAUCUCCAGUACUAUCUAGGAGUUCCACUCCCCUACCCCAUCACACCACAUGCUUCUCGAUCUCUCAUCCACGACCCUAUAUCCCUCGUACAAGACCGGCAAAGAAUUUUCCCCCUCUACCCCCAAUCUGUCAUUCGCUUUCGCUUCGACUGGGGCGUAUUUCUCCUGAACAAAAAUAUCGAAGCACUAGCCGAAUCUCAGGGUCUCCGUGUCCUAGACAUCAGACAAACAGUUCCGAAUCUAAAAUACCUUUUAUACGUCUGUAGCGCAGGCUCCGAAGAGUUACCAGAAAGGAAGAGAGGCGGGGUGAAAGGAUUACUAAUUGGAGGUGCUGGAACCAUCAGAGGAAGUCGAAGGGGUAGCGAAGAUAGCGCGGUGACGACGGGGGUCGGUGAUGUGGUGAGAAAGGCAUUGGAACUUGGAAAUGGGGGAAUAGGACUUGGAUCGGGCAUGGAGAAUGGUGCUGGGAACGGAAAUGCACAGGCGGCGGCGCAUAGUGGUCAAAUUCAAAAGGAGCCAUUGGUCAUGACAGGACAUAGUUUGAGGACGAGUGGGUUGAGAGAAAAUGUUCAUUAG